AUGGAAGUGCCGAGACACUUGGGAGUGGAGCUGCCGAAACUGCCGAAACUGCAGAAACUGUCAGGGGAAGAGACUCACACGCUGAUUGAGUCAGAAGCAGCCUGCGAGCACGCAUGUGACGUGCAUCUGAAGCAACGUCUUUUGAAUCUGCCAGCCUUCCAAACCCUGCUGCGCUCCUACGCUGCUUGCCUCAAGAUCGGGGCGUCUCCCGAGUUCCUGGCAGCCGUUGAUGGCUUUGAUCCUGUGGCUGCGCUGCAGCUGAAAUAUCCCAGCGCCGAUAAGUCCACCCACACCAGCAGCACGGAUGAUCUAAAACAAGGCAGGGCGGAUGGACGUGACAAGGGAAGCAGCUGUGAGGAGGAGGGCCUGAGCCCACCAGCCGGUGGGGACGGGGGGUUUGAUGCGAAUCAGAGCCCGCCUAUCAGCGAAUCAGGGGCCGCGAAUGGGUUGGGUGCGGUGGGAGUGGAAGCAGGCUUAGGGGCACCUCUCGAGGCGGACGGCUUGGCUGACGCUCACGAUCUCAUGGCGUCUCUUUCUGAAGCCCUCACUGCAUGCCGCUCUCGCCUGCUCGCAGCCCACACUGCUGCUGAGGCAUUCCUUGCAGACGCGGAAAAAGGCCUCGCGCAGGAUGCUGCUGCUGCUGCUGCUGCUGCUGCUGCUGCUGCUGCUGAUCUUGGAGAACAAGUGGACAUGUACGAUGACAUCAUGGCUGACAACAGCACAAGCCCGAGUCUGGCAUAUCAUGCAGCUCAGGAAGACCAGGAUGCAGACUGUGAGGGGAAGAUUUCGAAAGGAUUAGACUGUGAGGAGGAGGAGAUAGAGAGCGUGGAGCAGGUGGAGCGGGCAGUGAGGGGGCGGUUUGGGGGGUUCCUGCGGACGGUGAGUGCGGAGCAUGUGACCAAGCAUGCCAAAGGCAAGCUGCCCGAGGAAGCCACGGGGAAGCUUCUGCGCUGGUGGACUGAGCAUGUCAACUGGCCGUACCCCACUGAGCAGGAGAAGCUGCAGCUGAUGGGGCAGACGGGGCUGGACUCACGGCAAGUGAACAACUGGUUUAUCAACCAGCGCAAGCGGCACUGGAACCAGCACAGCAAGCGGCAGCGCAAGGGCGUGUAG